AUGGAUCGGACAUUGGCGCAAGCGGUAACGAACAAGAAGCCGGUCCCUGAGAUCGACUUCACCCUCCACACCAUGGAGGAUGGGACGCAGGUGUCGACGUUGGACAGGGUGAUCAAAGAGGUGCAAGCGCCGGCCCUGAACACGCCGACCGACGACCUGUUCUGGUCGCCCGAAGACCCUUCCAAGCCGAACCUCAACUUUCUCAAGCAGCAUUUUUACCGCGAAGGCCGUCUUACCGAGGAACAGGCGCUAUGGAUCAUCCAUGCCGGCACGCAGAUUCUCAGGUCCGAGCCCAACCUGCUCGAGAUGGACGCCCCGAUCACCGUGUGUGGCGAUGUCCAUGGCCAGUACUACGAUCUGAUGAAACUCUUCGAGGUUGGCGGAGACCCCUCGGAGACUCGAUAUCUCUUCUUGGGUGAUUAUGUCGACAGAGGAUAUUUUAGCAUCGAAUGUGUUCUCUAUCUGUGGGCCUUGAAGAUCUGGUACCCCAACAGUCUGUGGCUGCUGCGAGGCAACCACGAGUGCAGACAUUUGACCGACUACUUUACGUUCAAGCUCGAGUGCAAGCACAAAUAUAGCGAUAGGAUUUACGAGGCGUGCAUCGAGUCCUUCUGCUCCCUGCCGCUGGCGGCCGUCAUGAACAAGCAGUUUCUCUGCAUCCACGGUGGUUUGAGCCCUGAGCUCCAUACCCUGGAAGACAUCAAAGCGAUUGACCGCUUCAGAGAACCCCCUACCCAUGGCCUGAUGUGUGACAUUUUAUGGGCGGAUCCUCUUGAGGAGUUUGGCCAGGAGAAGACCGGGGAAUAUUUCAUCCACAACAGUGUCCGAGGCUGCUCCUAUUUCUUCUCCUACCCAGCUGCAUGCAACUUUCUCGAGAAGAACAACCUGCUGUCCAUCAUCCGUGCCCACGAAGCCCAAGACGCCGGCUACCGCAUGUACCGGAAGACUCGAACGACAGGCUUCCCCAGCGUGAUGACCAUCUUCAGCGCCCCCAAUUAUCUGGACGUGUACAACAACAAAGCUGCCGUCCUGAAGUAUGAGAAUAACGUCAUGAACAUUCGCCAGUUCAACUGCACCCCUCACCCGUACUGGCUGCCCAACUUCAUGGAUGUUUUCACCUGGUCCCUUCCGUUUGUUGGAGAGAAGAUCACGGAUAUGCUCAUUGCUAUCCUUAACACCUGUUCCAAAGAGGAGCUUGAAGACGAUACGCCAACCACCUCACCCUCGGGUCCCUCGUCCCCCCCGCUGGCAAUGGACGUCGAAACCAGCGAGUUCAAGCGUCGUGCUAUGAAGAACAAGAUUCUCGCCAUUGGCCGCCUUUCGCGGGUCUUCCAGGUUCUGCGUGAAGAGUCGGAGCGGGUUACAGAGCUCAAGACCGCGGCUGGUGGUCGCCUGCCUACUGGAACGCUGAUGCUUGGAGCCGAGGGUAUCAAGCAGGCCAUCCAUAAUUUUGAAGACGCCCGCAAGGUUGACCUUCAAAACGAACGUCUGCCUCCUAGCCAGGAGGAAGUCAUUCGCAAGAGCGAGGAGGAUAGACGAGUGGCUAUUGAACGUGCCCACCACGAAGCUGACAAUGACGCCGGCCUGGCCUCUGUGGCACGACGGAUCAGCAUGUCGGCUGGUGCGGGCAAGGGCCGUCGCCACAAAGACGCAACCAGAGAAGCCAAGGAAGCGUGA